GGGGUCAGCGGCAAGAUGGCGCUGCCCACCAGGAGCUGUCAGCUCGGCUUCUUCACCGUCUCCGCGGCGCACAGAACCCGCCUGACCGCCUCCGCGGUCGGCCGGGCGCUCCGGCCGUGCCCGCAGGCCCUCUCCCCCCGGCCGCGGCCGACCUGGCUCCCCGCUUUGACGCCGCGCUCCCGGGGGAGAGCUUACAGCACCGAGCGCAGCCCUCAUCAGCGCGGGCCGAAGAAGGUGGUGGUCGUGGGCAUCCCCAACCCCUUCAUCUGGGCCAGGACCAAAAUGUACUUCUUCCUGAUUCGAUCCUAUUUCGAUCACGAGUUUAACUUCGACGAAUUCGCUGAUGGCGCUAAACAGGCCUUUGCACAGGUGUCAAAACUCCUGUCACAGUGCAACUUUAAUGAAUUGAAAGGCCUUGUAUCAAUUGAGGCAUUAGAAGAAUUAGAGGGAAAAUGUUCAGCAUUGCCUAUUGAGCGCAGAAAAGCCUUAGCUGCUGACAUGGAGGAAAUUAUGUAUAGCACACCUGGAGACGUUGGGAUUUAUUACGAUAACCAGGGUAGAAAGUUUGUCCACAUCCUAAUGCGCUAUUGGUAUCUUUCCAACGUGGACCUGCCCAGUGAGACCCCUGAGGGAACUAAAAUGUUUCAAGUCGUCUUUGGUGAUGAAAACAGCAAAGACAGCAAAUGUCUUCUCACAGCAAAUUAUGAAUUUCGACGGGAGUUUACACAAGGUGUGGAGCCUAACUGGACCAUCACACGAAUCCAGCAUUUUAAAUUAUUGGAGUAAUUGUGCUGACAAUUUUACCAGAAGGAUGCUUCUGUGUACUUCAAAGCAAUGAGAAUGACUGCCCUUUGACUUAGGGAGGUUAUUGCAUUUUUUUAAAGUAAGGAAUUACCCUGUAGAGAUUCAAGUAAAAGUCAUACAGAAUGCUGAUCAUCCAUUGAUUAGCACACUUUAGCUUGUGAAAUGUUGUGGCGUGCAGACCAGGAUUUCCUCAAAUGAAAAUGUAAAAGCUUGUCCAGGUAUUUUCAUUGUACGUGAAUUGGGCCUUUAUGAAAUGUUUUUUUAAAUAAAACUAUUGGGUUUUUAUUUACUUAAAUGUUCUCGGGUAGCACAUAAGCUGUCGACAUUUUCCACCUUGGGUUGAGUUCUGUGCGGAUGAAUUUGAGUAAGACCAGCCCACUAGGGCUUGCAGAAUGAAAGUGGUUUCUAUAAAAUACAUUCAGAAGAGAAUUAUAGCAAAAUACAACAUAUUAAAAUGUAUGUGAUUAGGGAGGAGGAAUGCAGAAACACUUAACUUUUAGAAUAGAAUCCAUAUAAAAUGUACAGUAUAAAGCAAGUUAAUGAAUUGUAUCCAAGGAAACCAAAUACUGUAAUCUUUAAUAUUAUAACUAAUACAAUCCAUGUCUGUUAACAAUAACCUGUUUCUCAUAAAAUACUAUUUGACAAUUAAAAAAACCCUGAAUUUUUAGUUUUUACAAGCCUGUGCAAACUUUAUGGGAAGAUUCUCUGGAAAUAUGAAUGAUUUUUACUGAUGCAUUUCCUGGUUGUAAGUUAGUAAAUCGUAGAAAUGAUUUGUGCUGCAUAUUCAGAUGUGGCCUAUGCAAAGUGCGGAAUAGGCCUGGUAACCUCUCGAAAACGGCAUAGUCUCUGAUGUGCAAUGGGAAGACUGUUCACAGAUUUGAGUAAAUAUAGUUAUUCACUGUGAGUUGAACUUAUCCUGGGUUCCUUAUUUGGGUAACACCUGUGUCACCUAUUGGUUUCACCGCCUAGUUUUGUAGAUUACUAAUUUCCGUUGUUAGGUUUUGAAACACAGAAACCACUAUAAAUUCCCUCUGGUGCAGUAUGGCUUGAAGGUUGAUAUGAAAAGCUGAGGGUCAGUGCUGAGUUGCUUUAUGCCCCAUGUAGUGGGAGCUGAAGCAGGGUGCAUGUGGCUUCUGACUGGUUAAAUAUACAAACCAUCCCAUCCCCCUUUGCAUUCACUAUAAUAUAGAAUUCCUAUUACUUCCGUUGGGAGCAUCACAGCGAGGGAAGGGAUUAAUGUCCUUGAUAAGCAACGACAAUUUUAUGAUAGAUCUCUUGAUAAUCUAAUUCCCCUUUGUACACUUUGAAGAUAAUAAUACUCAUAAUUUUGACUCGUUUUAUAAACGUGUAAAAGACUGUGUGCUUCGAUAUUAGUAAUUUCAAAAUAAAAAGUACGUCCUAUUGUCUGAUAGUGUGCAUGUAAUGGAUGAUUAUGUCAAAUUGAGGAAUAAAACAUGAUUUCAAGUAA